AACGGUUCUGUUUCUUGAGCUGUUAUAGCAAUUGCACAAAUGGAGGGUCUUAUACCGUUUGUUUACAGAGCCUUCAUGCAAAUCCGUUAUGGCGACGAGUCGUCGAUUUCUUCUUCUUACUACGUUCGUUUACCGGGUGAUUCAGGCCGGUUCGAGAGAUCCGAUUUCGAGGUAACGGGUCUUGGAUCAUCUUCCAAUAUGGCGUCGUCAAAGAACACAACCACGACCACUGCGUUUGCUGUUUUCACUGGAGUGCAGUCACCUGUUCAUCGUCGGGUCGUGACAUGAUGCUAACGCGCUACUAAGGGAACCUGAGAUGCGCGUGACUUUGUGAUUACUACAUGGUUAGGCUUAGUGUCUGAUGUUUGCAUGAGUGUUUAGACCUGUCGAAUAAAAAUGAUGUAAUAAUCGGGGAGGGAAGAUUGAUUUUCUAAGCGUGGGAAAUUUAACCGAAGGGUGGUCUCGUGGCUUUUUCUGUGUUUCUUUCAAAGGGCUUUUAUUUGUAUAAAAACUAUAUGUUGUAAUUAGA